UAUAUUAUAUAUGAUAAUUGGAUUGAGCCAAAGUAAUGGUGUCUCCACUAACAUUAGUGUUGAUUGGUCGUACAGGAAAUGGAAAAAGUGCAACUGGAAACAGUAUUCUUGGAACAAGAGCAUUCAAAUCAAGGACAAGUUCUUCUGGUGUUACUAAAUCUUCUGAGUUGCAAUCUUGUGUUAGAAAAAAUGGUCAGGUCAUAAAUGUUAUUGACACCCCCGGAUUGUUCGAUUCAAGUGUUGGAUCAGAAUACAUUGCAAGAGAAAUAGUCAAAUGUGUGGAUUUAGUGAAAGAAGGUAUUCAUGCAAUUAUCUUAGUUUUCUCAGUGAGAACUCGAUUUUCAGAAGAAGAAAUAGCCACCGUUCGAACCCUUCAAACUUUGUUUGGAACAAAAAUUGUAGACUUUGUCAUUGUUCUUUUCACUGGAGGUGACGAACUCGAAGACAACGAUGAAACAUUGGAAGAUUACUUAGGUAGAGAAUGCCCUGUGGGGUUGAAAGAUAUCAUAGCCGCUAGCAAGAACCGCUGCUUGGUUUUCAAUAACAAAACCAAGAAUGAAACAAAAAAGAUUGAGCAAGUGGAGAAACUUAUAGAGAUGGUGCAUGGAGUUGUACAACAAAAUGGCGGAAAAGCCUACACUCAUGGCUUGUUUUCUAACAUCAAGUUUGAGACCAAGUUGCAAGAUGUGAAAACCAAGCUUGAACAACAAUUGGAGUUUGAAAUACAAGCAAGACUUAAAGCAGAACAGAAAGCACAAGAAAUUCAACAGCAAUCUACUGAUCAAAUUCGAGUCCUCAACGAUCGUCUACGCAUCGCACUUGAAAGGCCACCUAUGACACCACCACCACCACCGCCUCCACAAACUAUACAUCAUGCCCACAGGAGAAAAUCAAGAGGUUGUGUUAUUGUCUGACUCUAUUGCAUGCAUGCACUCUCAAUAAAUAUGUACCUAAGUGAUUAGUAUAUUAGAUAUAUACUAAAUAAAAAUGUGAAAGACUGCAAAGAAAGAAACUUACUUGAUACUAUAAAAUAUAUAUUUGAAAAUUGUCA